CAGCGCCAUGUGGAAAGUGCUUGUGUUGCUCUGUCUGGCAGCAUCGCCAACUCUAUCCGUCAGUGACAGACGAUGCGGCACGAACGCCAACAAACUUUGGCUGGAUGUGGUAUUUGUCAUUGACAACUGCAAAAUAGGAAGUAUGAACCUUGUCUAUCAGACGAUUUCCAGUCUGUUCAGCAAGCAACUGCAAAUUGGAACUGGGUAUGAUGACCCGAGAAGUACCCGAGUCGGAUUUAUCACCUAUAACUGGAAUGCGACUGAUGUCGCAGACUUCUACAAACUUCAAUCUUGGGCCGACUUGAACAGUCAGAUUCAGCGCCUCCAAUACACUCCACAAUCAAGCUCCCCAGCUAGCAGAAUGGAUACAGGUCUUAACGCCGCAAUCGGAAUGAUUGAUGCGACCGCGGGAUUUCGUGACAAUUACAAGAAAAUUGUAAUUGUAUUUACAUCGGUUCAUGGAUCUUAUAAAAGCAAUCAACCUCGUGAUGUGUCGAAAAUUCUUAAAAGCCGCGGGAUCCCGGUGGUGACUGUGAAUACUGGGUCAAGUUCCGAUACUCAGGCGUAUCUCAAGCAGAUUGCCAGCGACAAUAUGAGCUUCGCAAUUGCCGACGGAAAUGUUACCCAAGAGAUUUUGAAAGCAAUGACGGAUACAAACUGCUUCUGCGAACAAGGUUGGGUCCAAUACAAUUAUCCAUGGAAUAACCUUCAAAAUCGCUACGGAACUUGCCUUUACACUGACACAACCGAUUAUUCCAGUAGAGAUGGCGCAAAAAGCAAAUGUCGACAAUAUAGUCCGAAGAGUUAUUUGGUGAAUGAGUUGGAUCAACAGAAGCGGGAUUUCAAUUUCAAUUUGGUCAAUUCCGACUCCACUAAACCGGUCAACGCAUUUUACAAUGGUCUAUUAAAUCUCAAUGGUAACUGGUAUUGGGAUCAGCCAAACGAUAGAUCACCGAUUCCGCUCGACCCCAACUCUGGAGCUCCACCAACUCGCAACGCUUGUGUUGCUGAUAUGAAGUAUUCAGAUGGAACUACCGCGUGGACUCCGGUGAGCUGUGCGAAUAACUUCCGAUUCAUCUGUGAGCAGGUCGCUUGUGAUACUGAUAAUUAUUGUGAUGGUGUUUGAAAAAUUGUGGAGAAAAUAUAAAGUUAUUAUUAAUCGCAU